AGUUACCGCUGGUUAGCUGUACAAAGAGCCGGCGAAGCCUCUGAGAUGUCAGUUUAAAAGCACCGCUGCUCACGGUGUCCGGUUGACCGGAUCAUGAUGCUGUGAUGUGAAGUGACAGAUGAGCUAGGCUAGCCCAAAAUGCUAGCUAACAUUAGCAUUUUUGCUUGUGAGAUUGAGGGCUUUUUGCCUACUUGGCAAUAAAUCUACAAUCGAACAUUGGACCAGUGUGGAGCCAAAGCUCGGGGAGUGGAUGAGGACAGCCAGUUCAUCAGCAGGCCCUGAGCUGGCUGAUCUCAGAGCAGAGAGAACACCUCUAUUAGGGUGAAUUUGAAGAUAGCUGUGCCCUGAAGGCAUUUCCAUUUCUAAGAUGUCAUGCAAACGAGCAGACGGGAUGUCCAUAGCUCAGGCAUUGGCCAUGACUGUAGCAGAGAUACCGGUGUUUCUCUAUUCCACAUUUGGGCAGUCCAUAUUUUCUCAGCUAAAGCUCACCCCAAGCUUGAAGAAGGUGCUGUUUGCCACGGCGCUGGGCAGUGUCGCAUUGGCUCUCACCGCUCAUCAGCUGAAAAGGCGGGGGAGAAAAAGGAAGCAGGUAACACAAGGGAAGGAUGGCCAGAAGACAGUGGGAAUACCUGAGGCGCUGAUGAAGACAGGAAGACCCUCGUCAUUAAAGAGAGGCCAAUUUACUGGCCGACAGAUGAUGAGUCCCAGCAAUCGCAGCAAUGACACCAUGAGUGGAAUUUCUUCCCUGGCCCCAAGCAAACACUCAAGCUCCUCACACAGCCUGGCAUCUAUGCGAGUCCCAAGCUCUCCAAAUCAGUCUGCCAAUCCGUCCACCCCCUGGGAAGCGGAGCCCGUGGUGGAAGAGUCGGGAGCUAUGGAGGAUGCAAAUGCAGAGAAUCUCUAUAUAAUGGGGAUGGAGCUGUUUGAGGAAGCUCUACGAAAGUGGGAGCAGGCCCUGAAUAUCCGCCAUCAGCCCAGCUCGUCCUCCAGCAACCACAGCCUCGCUCUGCAGGGGGCCGCAUGUGCUGAGCUUCCUAUGGUUGAAUCCCAUAAUAACGUGUUUGCUGAGAAGUUGGAGACCCUUCUGCACAGGGCCUACCACCUGCAGGAGGAUUUUGGCAGCAGUAUCCCGACAGACAGCGUGCUAGCAGAUUUCGUCAGAGUUUGUGGUGUUCCUUUGGCAGAGAGUGAAGGAACUCUUAUCUUGCCUCAAGUGGAGAGUUUCCACAGACUGCACGAUGACGAUGCCACAACUGUUACCUCCGACGACUCCUUCUUCUCGGCUGCAGAGCUGUUUGAUGCCAUGUCUCUGGAAGGCGUGUACCAGCCCCUGAGGCCUGCAGCUCUCUAUGAAGAAGCCUUGUGUUUGGUGCGGGAGGGCGAAGUGCCCUAUAGGUCCCUGAGGACUGAAUUACUUGAAUGUUUUGGGGACCAAGACUUCCUUGCCAAGCUCCAAUGUGUGCGACAAGCAUUCCAGUUCCUGUUGCUAGAUGAAACUCACCGCACAUUUUUCAUGGAGACCGGGAAGCAAAUGAUUGCAGGGUUAAUGGUGAAGGCAAACAAGAGUCCCAAAGGCUUCUUGGAGAGCUACGAGGACAUGCUGCUCUACACAAAGAGAGAGGAAACAUGGCCCGUCACCACGAUGGAGCUGGAGGGUCGGGGGGUGGUGUGUAUGAACUUCUUUGACAUCGUGCUGGACUUCAUCCUGAUGGAUGCAUUUGAAGACCUGGAGAGCCCCCCCUCCUCUGUGGUGGCUGUGUUGAGGAACCGCUGGCUCUCUGACAGCUUUAAAGAAACGGCCCUAGCAACUGCUUGCUGGUCUGUGCUAAAAGCAAAAAGGCGUCUUCUAAUGGUUCCUGAUGGUUUUAUCUCCCACUUCUAUGCCAUAUCAGAACACGUGAGCCCAGUUUUGGCUUUUGGGUUUUUGGGACCGAGGCAACACCUAAGUGAAGUGUGCACUAUUUUCAAGCAACAAAUCGUGCAGUACCUGAAGGACAUGUUUGAUCACGACAAGGUGCGCUUCACCUCCACUGAGUGUCUGGCCGAGGACCUCCUGAACCUUUCCCACCGCAGGAGUGAGAUUUUACUGGGGUAUUUGGGGAUAAACAGCCUUGUGGAGCUCAAUGGGGUCCUGCCCAGUGACAUGGAGGAGUCUUCAGGGCCCAACUGUGAGAACUGAGUGCUUCACUGGGUUCAUACGGGCUAAUAGGUAAUGGCAUGGAGCUCAUUCUGUAAUCAACACUGGAUUCAAUCACUCAUUCAUCUGUGUUCAUCCAACACACCUUAAUGUGAGAGGAUUGCUCUCACAUUGACAGAUCAAUGGUACUAAUGAGGGAGACCGGUUGGAUAAUAUGAUUCAGUCUCUCCCUCCUUAUCAGCUGCUGUGUUUCAAGGCGUUUCGUCCUCACGUAAUGUCAGACGUCUGAGGACUUGUCUCUGCCUUGUUUGGGGACAUGAAUAUUUCCUGAAAACCCCAGAAUGAAGCGCUCCCAACACAUGAAGACCAGGAGCUUCUGCUAAAUAAAUCCAUAUGGGUCGAGUCUCCUCUGAGAACCAGUGGCUGCAUUAUGACCUUCCAUUCAUCAGACUUGUGGGAUAUCAUGGUCGUCUUUUUUUGUGAAAAGAAAUGGCGUGAGAGUCUGUCCACAAAUGUGUGUUUGUGUGUGUUUUAUAUUAAAGGGGGAAGGAUGUUUGCAAAAAAAGCGUGAUAAAUCCUGACAGGCUUGGACAGCUGACUACGUUUACAUGCACAAAAUAUUCUGUUUUUUGCCCUUAUUUUUGGAAAAAGUCAAUAUUCCUGGAGUGCUGUUACAAAGCUAAUGAAAAGAAGUAAUCCCAUUUACAUGCAGCUGUCAGUUUAGGAUUGUUACAAAGUUUUCAAUUGAUGGCAGACUUGUUGGCAGACACCAUUCAAAACACAGCCUCCCUCUUUCAAUCCUUCAACCACCUUCUUGAAAAGAUGGGCGUUUUGAUUAUUUGCGCAUAUUCAGUAAAACCUGUUGGUAUAUAAAGCUUUCAUCAUGUUUAAAAGUAGGUGAGUUUCUUUUUCCAACCAGAAAUGUUGGUUUUGAACCUGAAUAUCGACAUUUCCCAUGUCUUUGUGGGGGAAAAGCUAAAUUCAAAUUAAGACCUAAUUGCAUUUACAUGAACCUUAUCCAAUUUGCGAUAUUAUUGUGUAUGUAAACGUUGUCACUGAUUGUCCUUGAAUCCCUCUUUCAAAAUAAGUAUUUAUUCCAAUUUGGUUUCAUCUAGCAGGCUAAGAUGUCACAUAUCCCAGAGACUGUGCUACAUGUAAAAGGACGUCAUGUCAAAAUGGUAACUUAAGUUGAAUCAUCCCAAAGUGUUAUUUUGACCCCAGAUCAAAGCUGUCUUCUAAUGCAAAGGGGACAUAGCAUUGAUUCAGCUGUGAAACAAAAGGUUUUGUAAAGUGUUACCCUCAGAUUUUACCUGGCAACAGAUGACAUGAAUAUUUUUUCAUUUUUAGUGCCACAGAGGCAUUCAAAUAAACGUCUAAUAACACAAUAGCAGUUGUGACAGGAUAUCUUUAUUGCCAGAAAGAUAAUUCCUGAGUGAAAUUAUAACUUGAAAUCAAAAUUAGGACUUUGUGAUGAACACGCUUGAAGAUUUAUAUAAAAUGUUAUAAUCUAAGUAUUUUUUAAUUGGUUGAACUACUUAAAUUGAUUUAAAACAUGUGGGCUGAUAUGUAAUUCCCUUUAAAAAGGAAUAUCAAGAACUAAAUCAAUGUUUUGAUUGGAAAAUGUGUAACAAUAGUUAUUCUUGCGUAAGGUUUUUCUUUAAGAUCGCUGGAUGUGAAAACGUUCAGGGGAAGCACAUUAUAAACCAGUUUUACUAAGACUUAUUUUUCACUGCAAAUAUUUUUGACUUGUCAUAGAAAGAAAAGCACUUGUGUAACUUAAAACAGUAUUUGAUGAAGUGUGCUGUUUAGCCGUGACAGACAGCAUGAUAUCAACAUGCUAAAGAAGCUAAAAGGAAACCAGCCUUUAUUCAUUAACAUUGCAAAGAGGUUAUGUUUUUGAAUCCGCUUCAUUGACAGCAGGAUUACAACAAAAACUCUUGGUCCAAUUUUUUUAAGUAACUUGGUUGGUGGUUAUCCCCCUUAUAUUUGUAUUAUUUACAUUAGUGCCUUUCCUUCUGUGACAUGUCAAAUUGUCCUCCAUGAUUACACCUUUAGAGACUUUGAAAAACCCCACAAAUCCGCCUUUUAUAAUUGAUUAAGAGCACUUGGGCAUUCUCCAUUACUAUACACAAUCUAAAAUGGACACACUCUAAAUCAAACCGUGCCAUGUACUAGUGCUAGUGAGGAUAUUGUUGUUUGUUUUGAUGAAGAAACCGGCUUUGUACUGUCCGACUGUAAUCUCUAAGUGCACUGAUAUUAACCCUGACUGAAGGGGCCAUAAGAUGCCAACAUGGAUAAUUCCACUACUGUAAAAGUAGAUAUGUGAUAUGCACACUGUAGAUAGUUUGUUUAAACUGUCAAAUACUAAAUGAUCUCAAUGGAAUGUGAUUAAAAAGGUUAUUUAUUGUUAUCGGCAGUAGAAGCACAGUAUGUAUGCUUAUGGUUGCCUGCGUGAAUGAUAAAAGGGAAGACAUUCCUGUCUGAAAAUAUAUUAGUUUCACAGAUCUUUCAUUAGUUUAUCAUACAAAUCAGUAAGUCUUUAUUCAAAAUCAUAUACAUGUGUGUUUCGUGGUCUUGAUAAUCCAAAUCCUGCUCUUGUUGCAACACGUCUUUGAAAUUCAGAGCUCAGAAAUGUCCCAUGUGGCUUUGUGUUGAAGCAUUGUGGGAUUAUCUCUGAUAUAGCAUUUAGUUCCAACUGUAUAUAGAGCUUUUUACUGACAUUAUUUUAGUUCUUUGUUCUUGCAAAUGUGCAGCUUUGUGUUUUGAAGCAUUUUGCACUUUAUCAGAAAAGCAGAAAGAUGCAGGAAUGUCCAACAACCCUUUUUUCUAAUAAUUCCUUUGAGAGUUUAACUGUACAAAUUGCAUUAUUUAUUGCAUCAUAGAACUGACAUAUUAUUGAACAUAAAUGCUGUAUAUUAGAGAAAAUAUCUUUCCCAUACAAUUUUACAAUGGAAAUGGUUUAUUGUGCUUACUUCCCAAAGUGUUAGUUUUAGUCUCCAUCUUUAAAAUAACCUUUUGUUAUUUUUAUUUUGACGGCGUGUCAUCCAAUCCAUUCUGCCAGGCUUUAGUCCUGGUAAUGUAUACUAUCAAAUAUGGAACAUGCCAAUGCAGUUGCAGAAAGAAAAGGCUAAUAUUAGUCUUGUGUUCACAUUAUGGUCUGCUGAAAUGAAUACCCUGCAUGUUAACAGUGUAGAUUCUUUCAAAUGCAUCAAUCAUUGUAUCCCUGCAAGAUUUAGAGCCAGGCUAUUGUUUUACAAGCUCAUUUAUAACCGUCUAAUUGAACGUCAAAGAUUCAGGCAUGGACUCUCCUACUUAGUAUGUAUUCAUGAUUAUAGAGUUAAAUGAGGAUUUCAGAUGGCCAACAUGUGGAAAGAAUAUUUUUGUUCUCUUUCAAAAUUCACUGCUGUAUAUUAUAAGUGUCCUAUUCAUGCCUUUUGUCUUUUCUAUUGUUAGAUUACAAUGCCAGCACACUGUAAAUUGAUUUUGAUUCUCCAUGUUAAAUGUUAUUUUGUUAUUAAACAAUAUGUUUAUGAUGCCUUUUCCCAACUGAUGGCAGCUCACUGUAUUUUGUGUCUCACCAAAAGGAAAUCUUUUUAUGCAAUAUCCUUACAUUUGCCUCAAAGCAUGUUUAUCCAGGGGAUAUAAUUAAAUAUACAACCUAUCUUAAUUAUCAUGACUUUACCAAAACUUUUUAAAACAUAUAUUAGUCCUCAAUAUAACUACAGUAUAUCACAGGCAUUCUUUAUCUCCUGAAAAACACAUUUAAUCUCUAGGAAUAUAUGCAUACAUCAGACUUCAGCAUUGGUCUGAUUUGAAACAUGCAUGACAUCUCAAUAUGUUAAAUCCUUUCUGGCUGACAAUCUAUUCCAUAACGCUGCACUUUCUCUUUAAGGUUGCUUAACAUUUAGAGGUACUCCAAUAAGGAAAUUAUGGAGUUUGCAGUCUUUCAGGUUUCACAGUUGACUUAUUGUGUGUCCUGUUUUGUCAGUUUGUGUGCACUUAAUGUUCUUGGCUGAUUUAAUGUGAUUUGAAAAAAGCUUGGGUCAGUAUCAGUCUCUGCUAUUUAUUUUUUCUACUGGCUAUUUGCUAUUUGUAACUCAUGUAGAUGACAAGGGCUUUUUUAAGACAUUUCCAUCAUACAUUGAUGCACAACAGACCACAUUGGAGCAUACAAAUUCAAAAUAAUUCAGUAAAUGAAGAGUUAGACAAUGUCCUGUCACCCCAGAGUUGAAAUGAGAACUAUCCCCUUGAUCAUGGCUUUAUUUAACAUACUAAUUGUAUAUCUCUUUUAACAAAAGUAGUCAUCCUACAUGCAUAUAUUUAUUUGCAAAAAUCCCCUUUAAUGAAUGUGGGCUAACAGCCCUGAUUAUGCUGUGCAAUGCCCUGCUUUGACAUGGUGCUGCAACGAAAACAUUUUCCAAUUUGGGAUCAAUAAAGUACAUAUUAUCUUA